GGAAAUCCAAAAACGAUGAGGCGGGGCAAGGGAACGUCGAUUCCAGUAUGCUCGGAAGCGCCCGUCUUACGGCGCAGAGCUGUCACGACCAAGAAGCCGGAAGCGCGCCUUGGCUGUUCUUCGCCCGACUCUUCCGGCUCCGACUCCAAGUCGCAGGGCGACCCUUUCCAGGCGCCGGAGAGUAAGCUUCCUCCCUGCAGAGCCGAGGAGCCCCUUUCGACCUCGGAGCCGCUUGCAGCCCGCGAGCCCCCGCUGACCUCUUUCCUCUUGGACGGCUGCAGAGAUCUAGGCGCCGCUGCUCCCCCGGGCACCAUGCUCAACAUCUUCCGAUCGAUCCCGACGCAGAUGGACUACAAAGGUCAAAAACUAGCAGAGCAGAUUUUUCAAGGAAUAAUUCUUUUCUCUGCUGUGAUUGGCUUUAUUUAUGGGUAUAUCACUGAACAGUUUGGCUGGACAGUUUACAUAGUAAUGGCUGGAUUUGCUAUAUCAUGCCUGCUCACACUGCCUCCAUGGCCCAUUUACCGUCGCAAUCCUCUGAAAUGGCUACCUGUCCAGGAAUCUGCAACAGAUGAUAAGAAACCUGCAGACAGAAAAGUAAAGAGGCAUCCUAAAAAUUGAAAAACUACAUCUUCUGUAUGAUUUUCGGCCAUUAAAUUUGCUUUAAAAUU